AUUACAAUUAAACAAAGGGUUGAGUGUUGCGUGUUGAGGAGAGCUAAUUUAUUCUGUUUUGGUGCAUAAAUACAUGUAUUCAAUUUCAAAUGCAUGCAUAGAUGUACUAAAUUGUUGAUAUAUCCAGAGUGUGAGUGUGAAGAAUGGAGAACAAGAUGGGAAGGGAAGAAUGCAUAAUCCAAGUUAAUGAAGAAGAUUGGGUGAGGCAGAUGGAAGAGGAAUUCAAGGAGGUGAAGCAGAGAUCUAAGGUGGAAUUCAAGCGAUGGAAAGGCAUGUCAAUUUAUAGGGUUCCAUUGAGUCUAAAGAAGCUAUCGGAAAAAGCGUACCAGCCGCAGGUGGUGGCGAUCGGGCCAUACCACCACAAGAAGAAGAAGGUGCAGUUGAAGGAGAUGGAGGAGCACAAGAAGCGUGCUCUGCGAGUGUUCCUGGAUAAGUCCAACAAGCCUCUCCAUGAGUAUGUGAAUGCAUUAACGCCUAUGUUGCAGGAUCUCAAGAAUGCGUACCAGCAGCACCCCCAGUUGAAGUGCAGCGACUUCCUCAAGAUGAUGGUCAUUGAUGGUUGUUUUUUGUUGGAGCUCUUGCGGACCUCCUCCAGUGACAAGGAUCCCAGCUAUGCACGCAAUGAUCCAGUCUUCAGCAAAUAUGGACUCAUCUAUUUCGGGCCGCAAUUAAAGCGUGACAUGCUCAUGCUGGAGAAUCAGAUUCCUCUUCGGGUUCUCAACAAAUUAGUUGAAGUUGCCUGCAAGAAGGAUACUUAUCCUGAUGUAACAGAUAGCAUUCUCAAUUUUUUUGAACUGUCUGACGGAAACAACAAAGCCAAAUUCAAGAACAGCUUGCAUAUAUUGGAUGUUUACCGGAGAAGCCUGCUCUCGCUGGGGAGGAAAGGAAGUAAAGUGUCAGGUAGCCGUAGGUGCAUGGAUAAAGUGUGUUGUAUUAAUAGCAUCAACAAGACGAAGAACAAGAAUAAUGGGGAAUAUCAGAUGCGGUCAGCAACAAAUCCGGCGGAAGCCAGUACGAGUGUACCCCCAGUACGAGAUUGUAUUACAAGCAUCAACAACAACAAGAAUGAUGAGAAAGAUCGGAAAUCUUGGAUCCGCCACUGCGUGGACAAGAUCUCAUUCGGUGGAGGAAAGUUGAGGCCUCCGUCGAUAUCGGCGGACGACACCAAGAAGAAGAAUGAUGAAUUUCACAUGCGGCCAGCAACAGACCUGGCGGAAGCCGGGAUCCAGUUCCAGUGUAUGGAAAGUGGGUCACGUUACUUGGACCAGAUCUCAUUCCACAAAGGAAAAGGAAAGCUGAGGCUUCCGCCGAUAUUGGUGGACGACGCCACCAAAACUAUUUAUCUAAACGUGAUGGCAUUUGAGUGGUUCCAUGUGAACAGGUGUCUGACUGAGGAAGACAAAGAAAACUACAACGAGGGAUUUCACGUGACAGCCUAUGUGUUUUUCAUGGACAGAUUGAUCGACACCGCCAAAGACGUGAGCCUGUUGCACAAGCACCACAUCAUGCAGUACACGGUGUGCAGCGAUCAGAGUGUCGCAGAUAUUUUCAAUACAUUGUCCAAAGACAUAUGUAUUGAUUCAAAUCAUAAAUUGGAGGACGUGCAAAAGGAAGUGGCCAAGUAUUACCGGAAAACGAUGCCGGGGUGUAUAGCUUAUGCUAAGCGCACCUACUUCGCUAACACAUGGGUCACCCUAUCCAUCUUUGCUGCCAUUUUUCUCUUUGCCCUCACCAUUACUCAGACUGUGUAUGCCGUCCUAGACUACCAUAAAUCCGAUGCCCCCGCCCCGGAGCCCGGACUACCAUAAAGCAAUAUCCGGUCUCCAUUAAUUGUCCUUCGUGUGUUUUAACAAAUUGUUUGCCUCAUAUUUAUAUUCUCUCUCUCUUUCACUCAUUUACAUGUCUCUUGCAUUUUUCUUUUGUGUAUUGUAAUGCGAGUUUAAUCUCUUCUUUAACGGAGUAUCAUUCAAAGAUUGUGCUAUCAUGCUCUGUUUAUUUC